AUGGAAGAUGAGAAGCUUCAGCGACUACAAGAAAUGGGUUUCAGUAAGUUUGAUUCCGAACAAGCAUUGAGACAAGCAAACAAUAAUGUAGAAGUGGCGAUAACAUAUUUAUUUGAUGAAACCCGACAUCCAGGACAAGAUCAAUUGUUUAAUGAACCAUAUCAAACAGAUACAAUCCAAAUACUGAAUCCAGAAGAAAUUCCACAUUUUAAUGAAUUGAAUAACUAUGAACCCAAUUAUAAUGAUAACAAUUGGGCUGAAUCAAUCGUUGAAGAGAAUACUUUAUUCAAAAAUACCCCAGAAUUUGAAAGGAGUGAAAAUUCCCCACCUGCUGUUAUUCCAACUACCUUAAAUAGUGGGUAUAUAAGUGCAUUAUUUGUUGUUUUCAGUCAAAUUAAUUAUUUGAAGCAAAUCAUUUUAAACAAAGAUUUAAAACAAGAAUUCACAGAAGAUUGGUAUAAUCCUCAACAAGAUUCAAAUACCAAUUUUUUGAUUGAACUUCAAAGACUAUUUGGAUUUUUUACCUCGUUGAGUCAAAGAGCGUUUAUAAGUGCAAAUGGUUUGUGUAAUAGUCUACCCGAGGACUUAUUAAAUGUUCAAAGUCAAACUUGGGAGGAAGUUUGGAACAAUAUCGCUAAUUAUUUUAUUAAAGAGAUUGGAAAUAAUUUGAAUCAAGACUUAGAAGAUUUUUUUAUAUCGAAGUUUCGAAUGCUUGCUGAUGAUAAUGACAUUAGAUACUUCAAAGUUAUCGGUGUAGAUUAUUUCAAUAGAGAGCACUCAGUCACUGAAACAUUAAAUGGAUUAAUACUGAAAUCAGGUAAUUAUGAAGCUGUAGCACCAAUUUUGGCAAUGGAAUUUCAAGGAACUGAUUAUCCAGAAACUUCAAGCUCUUUCACAAUUGAAGAGUAUAUAUUUCCGGAAUUUCAUGUCUCCAAGUACAAAUCGUUUAUUGAUAAAAUGGAUCUAACAAAAACUCAAAUUGCAAAUGAAAGAAAAGCACUUACUUCCAAGAUGAUGUUAUUAACGUCAUUCGAAGGGAAAAAGAUUAAAAGCAUAUUAGAAAACACAAAGACUCAUUUAGCCAAAAUAGAUAAAGAUAGUUCAGAUGAUAUUUCCAAACUAGCGGAUAAUAUACAAAUUGAGUAUUCUCAAUUAAGUGAAUUACUACUGAAAACUAAUGCAAACUACACUAAAUUUGAUUCAUCAAAUCCCGAUCAUGUCAUAAAUUUAAUCAAGGUAGACCCAUCUUUAAAAGUACCUUCAAAAUAUAUUUUGAUAGCCGCAUUAUUUUCCGAAUCACAAUAUUUAUAUAGAACUGAUAGAGUCAAUGAAAAUGGUCCUGUUUGGACAGCUUUUGGUCGCAUGAAACAUGAAUUCAAAACCGAAGUAUUUAGUUAUGAAGAUGUCGUUAAUUACUUAACUGAAGAGUUCAAUCAAACAAAUAGAAACAUACUUUUGAUAUAUGCGGAUGAAACAGUAUUAAAUCAUCAAGAAACUGAAAUUUCUCCUAAUUUAGUUGAAUUUUUCAAAAAGGAUAAUGAAUUACUUAAAAAGCAAAUUGAAGCAUCAGAAGCGGAAGAUUUGAAGAGUGAUGAAAAUGACAUAAGCUUACUUGGUAAUUCAGCUGAAGAUAUAGUUGAGACUGAAAGAAUAGUAAAUAGUGAUUCAAAUUCUGAUUGA